CGUUUUCUCGUAGAAAGUUAUGCACCAGUUUCUUGUAGUAAUCAAGUAAGCAGCGAGGAAACUUCCCAAGUCCGAUAGUCCAAUGCAGGACUGCCUCCGUGAUUUUAACAUCACCUUGGGGAGCUUCUUCUUGAGUCAAACAUGCGUUUUCUUGUGGAAAAUUAGGCAGCACUUCCUUGAUGAAUCUUGGGGGGGACAAACAUGCAACCGGCAAUUCCUAUCCCAAUUCGCCAGCACCCUAUGUACCCAAAUCCACCGCUUUUUGGAGCCCCAUUUCCUCCAUCCAUGGGCCCGAGACGGCUGGCCUCCAUCAUAGCCAUCUUGUUGUUAGCCUCGCCUACAAGCGCCUCCGGAGAAGACUGCCGUCCUUCUUCUUGCGGAGAUCUCCGGAACAUAAGCGACCCCUUUCGCCUGACCACCGAUCCUUCCACCUGCGGUGAUCCCCAGUACCAACUCACCUGUGAUCAGAAUCGAGCCGUCUUGAAACUGUACUCGACCAAGUACUACGUGGCGGAAAUCUCCUACGAGGACCUGAUGGCCCGCGUCGUCCUCGCCGGCCUCGAUUCCCCGAGCUGCUCCCCCCGGUCUCUACCCUUCCUGCCUCCAAGCAAAUUCAAGUAUGGCGAUCCCUUCGCACUGAACACGACCAACAACAGCGUCAUCUUCGUGACCUGCCCGGCAUCAUCGGUGGGCGAACCUUCGUAUAUCCCCAUCCCUUUUUGCGUCGAUAACUCUACUUCCUCCAAAGAGUACUUGUAUGCGCUGGCUGGGGACGCGACAGUGGCCGAUCUUCGGAAGAGCUGCGCUACCGCAGGGACGGUGCCGAUGGCGGGCAUGCUUCAGAAUCGUACGCAGGCUGCGGUUCGUGACGUGUUGCUGAGGGGGUUUUACAUAUCGUGGAAGGUCCCCAUUCAGUGCCGUGACUGCGUAGCUGAAGAGCUCCAAUGUUCGUAUUAUACAGGUAAAACGCUUUACUCUUACAAUUUUGGGAGGAAGAAGCGGGACGGGCCCUGUUAUUGGAACAAAUUCAGAAUUUGCACAAAGCCGCUUGGAGGGGCUUCCAGUUUCUUCAGUUGCUUAGGGGACAUUAUAGAAGAAGCUGGGACAGCGUUCCUCGACCUUGAAGGACUCAUUAUCCUACCAGGACGAACAAUCAUUGGGAUAUCAUGCUUGAUGGCCUACCUUGUAUAUAAAUUACGAAGGAGGCAUAGGUCGAUGGACAACAGAAUCGAAGAUUUCUUGAAUGACUACAGGAAUUCCAUGCCCAUCCGAUACUCUUAUCGGCAUAUCAAGAAGAUGACCAAUCAAUUUAAAGAAAAAUUGGGCCAAGGAGGUUAUGGUUCUGUGUUCAAGGGAAAGCUUACGACAGGCCGUCUAGUGGCAAUAAAGAUUUUAGAGAAGGCCAAAGGAAAUGGACAGGAAUUUAUCAAUGAAGUGUCUACCAUUGGAAGGAUUCACCACACCAACGUGGUGCAACUCAUUGGUUUCUGCUUCGAGGGUUCAAACAGAGCUUUAAUUUAUGAAUUCAUGUCCAAUGGAUCACUGGAUAAGUAUAUAUUUUCCCAAGAAGAGGAGGCUGAGAUUUUGAGCUGGGAGAAGAUGCAGGAUAUAGCACUUGGAAUAGCUCGAGGGAUUGAAUACCUUCAUCGAGGUUGUGACAUGCAAAUUUUACAUUUUGAUAUUAAGCCUCACAAUAUCCUUUUGGAUGAUAAGUUCAACCCCAAAGUAUCUGACUUUGGAUUAGCUAAACUCCAUCCUAUAGAAGAGAGCAAGGUUUUGGUAACUGCUGUGAGAGGAACCAUAGGAUACAUGGCUCCUGAAUUGUUCUAUAGAAAGGUAGGUGAAAUCUCUUACAAGUCUGAUGUUUAUAGUUUUGGGAUGUUAUUGAUGGAAAUGGCAGGUAGAAGAAAGAAUCUAAACCCACAUGCUCCGAGAAGCAGCCAAAUCUACUUCCCCUCGUGGAUCUACGACCAGCUUUAUCAAGGAAGAGACUUGGAAAUGGAGGAUGCCACCGAUGAUGAAAAGGAAAUUGCCAAGAAACUUCUGAUGAUAGCACUACGUUGUAUACAAAUGAAUCCGGCAGAGAGACCAUCUAUGAGCCAAGUUGUAGAGAUGUUAGAAAAGAAAAUCGAGGAUAUGCAAAUGCCAACAAAGCCUUUUCUAUCAUCUCUAGACAAGGUGUUCAAGGAAGAUCAUACAAUCGACGAGGAAGAUCAUACGAUCGACAUGGAAGCCUCGGAAUCAUUAUAUGAGCCUGGAAGCAAUACAAACAAUAGAUCAAAUGAUGAAAUAAUUUCUUGCUCAUCCAAAUGAUAAAGGGAUGUUGCCAAUUUCCACGCUAGAUCUUUGAUUUCACUUUGUUGCCUGGUUCUACUACAACUCGAAAUGUUAUUUGUGAAAUCAGUUUUAUAUCGCCUAAUUCAAAAGACAAGCAUUUAUUCAUGCUAAAAUUUCAUUUUUUUGUCA